UUCCGUGCUCGUUCAUGAUAAAGGAGAGAGAGAAAGGGUGUGUGAAGCCAUUAACGACUAACCAGCUUCAAAUAUUUUUUUGAUUCCCAAAUUCAAAGGUUUACUCUGAACCCAGUAAAUAGUGUCACAGAUGACCUAUACUCUGCAACAACUCUCUCCAAUUUUUGCUUUAAAUCCAUCAAGGAAGAGAAGAAGUACCAUCAGUUUUCAAAUUCACUGCUCUUCUGAAUUCAGUAUAGAAGAAAAAGAAGGAUUUGAAGAGCAAUCCAAUGUGGUAUUGGUGGAGAGAUAUCGAAAUGGUACAGCAAAAAGGUAUGUUAUAGAUGGCAAUUCAAAGGUACAGACAUUUUUGGAGGAGCAGAAAGCAGUGACAAAUGACUCUGAGUUCUCUUCCUCGUUCAACACAAAAGUAUCGUGGCUUCCAGAUGGUAUUAAGGUUUUCGUUUUACCUUCAGGAUUUCCAGGUUCGGUGUCGGAUGAUUACUUGGAGUACAUGCUAUUACAGCUCCCUACUAAUAUUACCGGAUGGAUUUGCAGCAUAUUGGUCACGUCAAGUCUGCUAAAGGCUGUAGGUGUAGGAUCCUUUUCUGGAACUAGUGCUGCUGCAACUGCCGCCGCAAUCAGAUGGGUGUCAAAAGAUGGUCUUGGCACUCUUGGGCGCUUUUUCAUUGGCGGGCGGUUCGGAGAUCUUUUUGAUAAUGACCCAAAACAGUGGCGUAUGUAUGCUGACUUCAUCGGCAGUGCUGGAAGUAUCUUUGACCUAACCACACCACUGUUUCCCGCAUAUUUCCUACCACUUGCCUCUCUUGGAAAUCUAACCAAGGCUGUAGCUAGAGGAUUGAGGGACCCUUCAUUUCGGGUUGUCCAGAAUCACUUUGCUGUCUCAGGAAACCUCGGAGAGGUUGCAGCAAAGGAAGAAGUUUGGGAAGUAACAGCACAGCUUAUUGGUCUGGGUCUUGGAGUACUGGUUCUGGACUCACCUGGCAUACAAACAUCAUACACUACAUUGACGCUCACAUGGUUGAGCAUGCGCCUGCUGCACCUUUUGUUACGUUACCAAUCUCUUUCAGUUCUUGUAUUUAAUACAAUAAAUCUCAAAUGUGCCCGUAUGCUUGUGAAAUCACAUGUUUUGCAUUCUGUUGUUCCAGGGUAUUUGGAGUGCAACAAGAAGGAAAAUUUUUUAUCCUGGCAAAAAUUCUUAAAACCAAGCAUUAUUUUUGGUGUAUCCUUGGAAGAAAUAAUUGACGGGGAAAGAUCCUUCUCCAAGGUGAAGGCACUUCUACAAUUAUAUAAAAGAGAACAAUAUAUCCUAGUUGUGAAUCAGCAACUGCAGACAGAAUUCCAAGUCUUUAUUUCAUUCAAGGUCAAUGCGACAGGUUUAUCAGUCUUGAGAAGCAUAUGGCAGACAUAUUGGUUAUAUGAACACUGGCAAGGAAGAGAUUCCAAGAAUGUAUUUGAUCAACUUCAGGAAAGCAUGUCGAAGUUGGAUGCAAGGUUUGAUGAUUUUCUUAAGCAGCUUGAGGAAGCUGGAUGGGAUGUCAAGCAGAUAAAACUGAAAGUACCCACUGAAACUUUAUUUGAAGAAAUGCUUACCACAUAGCAGACAGUGUAAAUGGUGAUGAUUUUAACGAUUUAUUUUUUAAAGAAAAUGGUGAUGAUUUUAAUGAUCUAUAUUCCAAGAAAUGGAUCUCCCUGAAGCCUCAUCUAACAGAGAAAGGAUGCUUCAAAAAGAGAAAGUAAAGCAUGGAAAAUACAAGACUGGAAUUAGCGUUCAAGCCUUCAACCGUAAUGACUGAGAAGUGUCACAAAGUGGCUGUAGUUUAGUGGUAAGAAUUCCACGUUGUGGCCGUGGAGACCUGGGCUCGAAUCCCAGCAGCCACACACUUAAUUCUUUUUUACGUACGGCAUAUUUCUUCAUCAUGAAAGGAAAGAAGAUAUUUGCAUGAAGCUCAAAAUAGUUAGUAAACUAGAUUGUUCCCUUUUUCAUGUGACAUUUUGUAAUAAUACCACUGUAUAAAUAACCUUCAUAUUUCUCUCUUUCUCAUCACCGAAGAAACCAACUUUUCUGUACAGCAACUAUUCAGAUUGAUCCAUGGUUGCAUCACCAAGCGGAAGCCACCGGCUUAGGGCAGUUUCUGUGGCGAUUUUCAUCUUUUUCUUCAUGUACUGCUUCCUUUUGAGUAGUGGAUUAAUCACUAUUCGAAUAAGAAAAAUCCCAUUUACACUGUCUGCUAUGUGGGAAAUUCAUUAAUGUGACCUAUCUACUUAUUUUGAUGAUCCUGCUAAAGUAUUUUGUUUUUCA